AUGGAGCGUCAAUCAACAACAUUUAUAUUAAUGAAAAUACUUCGAGAUUUAAAUUUCAAUACAAAUAUUGAGGCUCGUGAACAACGAUUUUCUUUUGUUCAAGACCGUUUUCAACGUUCAAAUACUGCCAUUGAACGUUGCAUAAAAGCUUCGACAGCAGAUUUAACAGAAUUAAUAACAAAUUUUUCUGGUAUAUAUAGUAGUAUCGAACAAUCAAAAAAUCGUGUAGAAAAUGUUCGUAAAUCUCUACGUGAAUGUAAAAAUUUAUUAUUAUUAAAACGACAAGAUAUUCGCAAAUUAUGGUUAUCAACAUUAGAACAAAAUACUUUAGAUCGUAUGUAUUCAAAUGUAAAUGAAUUAAAAUACGUUCCGUCACGUUUACAAUUUUAUUUAAGUAAACGUUUAUAUAUUCAUGCAUCAUUACUUUUAUUAAAAGCAAAAGAAUAUCAAGAACUACGUUUAAUUAGUGCAUUAUCUCAUAUUGAUUUACAGAUCAAAGAAGAACGUUUAACAUUAGAAGAUCAAUUACGUUUUGAAUUAAUUUAUCAAUUAUUUGAUAAAUCAUCACGAGAUGUACUUGGAAAUAAAAAUCUAUCAACAGCAUUAAGUAAAAAUGAUCAAAGUUCUUUAUCGCAUGUAAGAGAAAAUCGUUUAUUAAGAAAACAACUUGAUCAAGAAUUUGAAGAAGGAAAAUUAUCAUUUGAAUCUCAUUCAUUAGCAAUUAUACCAGAUAAAUAUAUGUUAGUUGAUAUACGUAAUCAACCAUCAAAUAUAUAUUUAGAUGUUUUAUUACAAUCUUUAUCAAUUUUAUCGAAUUUAAAUGAAACACUUGAUUUCAUACAAAAACAAUUUCAUGAACAAUUAUAUCGUAUUGUUUUACGUACAACACAGCAUAUUAUUGAUAAUAAUUUAAUUGUAUUAAAUCAUUCAAAUCAAAAUUUAAUUCUUAAUAAUACUGAUUGUUUAAGAGAUUUAUUAGAAACAACUUAUGAACAAUUCAAACUUGUUGUAAAAAAUACGGAAUAUUUAAUAAAUAUAUUAAAACUAUUACAAGAGCAUCAAACACCUAUGCAAAUUCAACAACAAGAAUAUCUUGCAAGUCUAAAGAAAAAUGUUGAUCCCGUUGUACGAUAUAUUAUAUUAAAAAUUGAUACUAUGCUCGAUUUAUUACCGUAUCCCUAUCCAACAUAUGUGCCAAAUAAAGUUGUCGCAGGUUGUAUUGCUGCCGUGUGCAGCAUUUCACUUAUUGCUUGGUUUAUUCAAUCGUGGCAAGUUCGUUUUCGACCACCUCGUCUAUGUUUUCUUCUUCUGAUUUCACAUAUGGCUAUUUUCAUUGAUUUGAUCGUUCGUGCAGCAGUUCCUGCAGAUCAACAACAUUCCAAAAAUAUUUUCAUUAUUGUUAAUAGUCUUUUUGCUACCGGUCAACGUAUGAUUAUUGUUAGCAAUUACAUUUUUGUUAUGCAAAUGCAUUGUGAAAAAUCGCCUCUAUCGCGUGGUAUUCUUGUUGGUGUCGUUCUAUGUGUUAUCACGUCCGGCCUUCUGUUGGCACCGGCCAAUAUGUUAUCAUUCAAUCCUGAUCAUAUUAAUUCAAGCUUUCUUUUUCGAAAAUUAUCCGCAUUAAUCUUACUUGCAGUGACUCUUUUCUUCUAUGCCAUAUGGUAUUGGAGUAAAACAGUGAAAGAUAUGACUAAGCGAGCCUUUAUUUUGAUUAUUGUCUCUAGUGUGCUCUGUGUAGUUGUUGCUAUCUUUAACCUGAUCCAAUCGAUAUCGGCUUAUUAUGACAAGAUCAAUAGCCAUGAAGUAUGGUUCUAUGUUUUCCAAAUAACGCCUCUUAUUUUGGCUCAUUUUACCUGGUCAAUCCUUCAUCCAAAACGAAGUCUUAAAUCAUCCACUCCAUUGAUAUCUGCAACAAAUGAUGAAAUAUCGAUACAAGAAUAA